GAGCCAAAUUGCAGAGAGAUCACCGUGCAAAACCACUUACCGGCCCGUUCCUGAUAUGCCUUGACCGACAGUGAUAUGAAAAUCCUCCACCAUAAUUUGCAUGCCGAAACCUCGUCGCGAGUCCACGGCGAGGGCCGACACACGCCCAGACUCAGCAUUUGAUCGACCUCCACGUACUACCCGAGCCACGCAACCACGACCCGCUUCUCCAUCGUACGAUGACGACGAGCCACGCACACCGAAAAGAGCACCGAAGGAGAAGGCAAAGUCUUCGCCUCGAGUCGAAUCACCAUCACCAGACAAAAGACACCGUCGUGUAAGUGACCGACACCGCAGUGCAAGCGGAGUGAAGAAGGAGAGAGACCGAGCAAAGUACAGUUCGGGUACCUCGACAAAUAGUGCUAGCCAGCUAUUGAGUGCCGACGCAUUAUCGAAGUUGAAUGCAUACAACUCAAAAAUCGAGUUUCAGGAAAAGUACGAUGAGCGCAAGCGGAAGAAGAAAGAGUACAAGAAUCUCAAAGGCGCUGAAGUAUCGCAGCAGCGGCGGAAGAAGAAUCGAAAUGUCAGCGGUGCCAUUCUAGAAGAAGGAAGAGCGAGGGACAGACAGAAACGGCCUCACAGAAGAGGAGGAGGAGGUGGGUCUUACGAGAAAGGCUAUGAGGUGCACAAACAGACAGAUGGCCAAAGACGACCCAGGAAGAAAUUCUGGUGGUUGUUGGGUGUGCUCGUGGUAUUGCUUGUCAUCAUCAUCGCUGUAGCGGUAGUGGUGAGCAAGAAUAGCAAGAAGUCGAGCAGCUCUUCUAAUUCAUCUUCCAGCACGACGUCAGACUUCGGAUCAGACCCAAGCAAUACAUGCAGCUCAAGUUCCGUGCCUGCCAGCGCGAAAGGGACGUACACCGACAUUUCCGCAUGGUUGGACACUGCCGACUUCAACUGCACCUACACUGACGGCACGGUCGGCGGUCUGUCGCUCAUGGGACUCAAUUCCACCUGGGAUGAUUCGACACAAGCCAAUGACAAUGUGCCGGCUCUGAACAAGGCAUGGAGUUACGGAGACAUGCCCAUACGUGGAGUCAACUUGGGAGGCUGGCUUGAUCUCGAACCCUUCAUCACGCCCUCCUUGUUCGACUAUCCUUCCUCUGAUGGCAUUGUCGAUGAGUGGACGCUUACACAGAAACUCAACACAUCCGCUCAACGCAUUCUCGAAACUCACUACUCGACAUUCAUCACGAAACAGAGCUUCAUUGAUAUCCAGAAUGCUGGCCUCGACCAUGUCAGGAUACCGUACCCAUACUGGGCAGUCACGACUUAUGAGGGCGAUCCAUAUGUCCCCAAGGUCGCCUGGCGAUAUCUGCUUCGAGGAAUUGAAUAUGCCAGGCAAAAUGGUCUGAGAGUUAAUCUGGAUUUGCACUCCGUGCCUGGAAGUCAGAAUGGAUGGGCUCACAGUGGUCACCAAGGCGAUAUUGAUUGGGCUAGUGGAACUGACGGUGCGACCAACGCUCAAAGAUCGCUGGACAUCCACAACCAGCUGUCUCAGUUCUUUGCACAAGAUCGAUACAAGAACGUUGUGACAAUCUAUGGCUUGGUCAACGAACCAAAAAUGCUUGUCAUACCUGUCGAUGAUGUGCUCGACUGGAAUGAAAAGGCCAUCAAGAUCAUCCGCGAUAACGGGAUCACGCAGAAAAUUGUGUUUGGAGACGGCUUUCUCAGCCUGACUGACUGGGACGACAUCUUUCACGCCGUAGACGAGAACCUCGUCAUGGAUACACACCAGUAUCAGAUCUUCAAUACGGGUCAGCUCAACCUCACGCAUCAGAACAAGAUCAAUCUUGCGUGUUCCGGCUGGACCGGAUUGAUGGUAGCGGCCAACAAUAAUCAGACUGGGUGGGGGCCGAUUUUGGACGGUGAAUGGUCCCAAGCCGACACCGACUGUGCGCCCUAUCUGAACAAUGUCGGCGUCGGUUCCCGCUGGGAAGGGACGCUCAAUACCGGAGAUGCAGAGACUUCGGUCUUGACACAAACCUGCCCAACACCACCAUGCUCUUGUGAUCAAGCGAACGCUGACCCGAGCAAGUACAGCUCUGCAUACAAGCAAUUCCUGCAAAUGUACGCAGAAGCACAGAUGCAUAGCUUUGAACAGGCAUGGGGCUGGUUCUAUUGGACUUGGAAGACGGAAAGUGCUGUACAGUGGAGUUGGGAGUUGGGUCUCGCGGCUGGCAUUUUGCCCGAGAAGGCGUAUUCACCAUCGUUCAAGUGCGAUUCUACUGUUCCUGACUUUAGCGACCUGCCCGAAAGUUAUUGAUGAGAUUAGCGAUAGCGUGCAUUGUCAGAGUCUGGGGAUCAUUUGAGCGUAAUGAGGUUUCCGAGCAUCAACGCAUAAAUGGAUGUCGAGUAUAAUGAACAUAGAAAGGUAAUAGAUCUUACCUACCUCUCAGGGGUUAACAACGCCUCUCUCGUUGUAACACGAACA